CCAUCCUUCUCGCCGGAUGCACCUCCUCCAACGGCCUGAGCAAUGUCUAUCUGGUCUCCCUCCAGUACAAAAACACCAGCACCCAGAGCCCAAGCGACCCCGUGCUGGUCAACCCCGGCAUUGCAGAAAAAGUCUACAAUGUGUCGCAGUCCCGCCGGAGCAUGAUCCGGGAAGUGCGCGCGGGGUACAUGGGUCUCUGCUUGACCCUGAGCGACGGGGCGCGCUUCUGCUCCGGUAGUGCUGCGGCGCUGGCCAGCAUGGUCAAGGCGGAGGGAGUGCAGGGCAGCAACGACACUGCCACGGCCGAUCCGCUGAAUCUGCUUUGGAUUGUGAAGAAUUUCAAAGAGACGAUUGUUUUUGAUGGGUUGAUAUUCAUCGCGGUCGUCCUGACCUUCCUUUGCUUUAUUCUCUUGUCGACGUUUCCGGGAUGGCACGAGGAAAUCGACGAGGAGGGCUCGGAGCGCGAGGUCAAGCCUUUCCCUUCUCGGGCGGUGUCGCAGGCUGCUCUGGGGUUGAGUACGCUGGGGUUUAUAUUCGGACUGGUCUCCAUUCUCUGGCAGCAUGUCAAUAGUAGUGCUGCGGGGACCAUGUCCGAGAGUCUCACAUAUGGGGCCAUCGAGAGCCAUGUUGGCACGGCGGCGAUGAUUCUCGGGUGGGCGGCUGUGGUCUGCUUGGGGAUUGUUGCGCUGGCAUUGCUGGUUAUGAUCUUGAGUAUUCGCAUUAUUACGAUGUUGUCUGAUGACGAGUAG